UCCUAAGCUCAGACGCGCAGAAGCCGCAGCCGGAGCAGAACUGAGCAACUGAUCACUUAAGUAGUCAGAACCGUCAGAGUUGUCUCGUGCCACUUCACCUGAUCGGCACUUUUUUUUUUUAUUUCGACUUCAACAAGUGGUCUCUCCAGGGCGCCCUGCCCCUGACUCCGAUGGUCCCGCAAUCCGGCGGGUGUUAAGAUCCAUGGAAGUGGCCGGGUUUUACGAGAAGGAUUGCCUUGCUUUCCACGGUAGCAACAGCAGUAAUAUUGUUUGCAAGCAGCAAGGUGACGGUUCGAUGACGGAACUGGGCAUUGCAGACCACGAAAAGGCGAUCGAUUUCAGCAUCUACCUGGACUCAGCGUCGCACUACCAGCAGCAGCUAACUCAAAACGAAACCCUGCACCAGCAGCGCGGAGUGGAUAUCUUGGCUGACUUCCUUGCCGAGGAAAGCAAAAGUAAGCGCGGGGCAUCCUCGCAGAACUACAGAAACUACUUCCCACUGAUUGAGCGAGAACACGUUCAAAACAGCAGCUCUCGGGAGCAAAGUAUCCUGAGCUACCCAGAACUGCAGGAGACCAGAGUGGACACCGUGUUUUACCCAGAGCUUCUUGGCGGCUACUUUAAAGCCGGCUUGAGACACGAACCGAAAGAAGAGGCCAGGAUGGACAACGGUUCCUCUGGCUACGAGAUGAGAUCUUAUCUGCCGUACCAGUCGGCCCCGAGCGGCAGCCUGGGGAACAUUUCCACCGCCUCUUCCUCCUGCUCCAGUCCACCUGGAACACCUGCCGCGCCAGGUAAGGACAGUUCGCCGCAUCAGAACGGCAAGACGUCUGCCAGCAGCAAGGGGAAGAAGCGCCUGGAGAAGGACAGCGAGGAAUACAGACAGCGGCGGGAGAGGAACAACCUCGCCGUGAGGAAGAGCAGAGACAAAGCGAAAAUGCGCAACCUCGAGACGCAGCACAAAGUGCUGGAGCUGACCGCCGAGAACGAACGUUUACAGAAACGCGUGGAGCAGCUGUCAAGGGAACUGGCCACCCUGCGCAACUUGCUCUCCGCCACUGGACAGUGCUAAUGCCGAGGCAUCACGCACCAUAAUGGUACUGAGAACACCGAGCAGCAGUUUGGGCUGUAACAGGUUGAGUCUCUGGGAUGUAUACAUGCGUAAACUGUGGUAUGCCAUGGUAUACCGCGGAGGUUUGUACAGUGGUUACUGUUAUUACGUUUACAUGCAGAACAGCAGGAGAAAAAAACGGACGAACGGUUUACAAAUGAACAGCUUCAAAGAAAUUCGUGGGUGAAUGCAUUGCGUAAUCAUCAUUGUUGGGUGACAUACCACCUAGGUAUGUUUUAUGUUGUAUGUACAGUAUUUUUUACGAAUUUUAUCGAUAAAUAUGUUUAAUAUUGUGUUAUUUAAAUAUAAUUGUUUCCUCGCUUUUUCGAGCUGUGGUAGUGAAGAGAAGACCUGGAUAGCAUGGGCAUGAUGCAACUCUAUGUAACAGUAUUGGCAAAGCAAUGAAGAAGUGUGUUAAAGAUGCAAAAGGUACAAAUGUUUUUUUAAUGGUAAAGAAUAUUUUAUCGAAUUAAAAUAUUUUUACGU